AGCAUUCCACAUCCGACACUCUUUCGCGAAAUUGCCGCUGCCAACAAACGUGUCCCUUGCGCCACGCCGUCUGUUUCCACAGCGACCCGGAUGCCUCUUAGCAGCCGCGCGUGCGGCCAGGGUGGGUCUCACGAGCCCCGAGCCCUGCGAUGGCGGCAGCGAGUCCUAGCGUCUUCUUACUCAUGGUCAACGGGCAGGUGGAGAGCGCCCAGUUUCCAGAGUAUGAUGACCUCUACUGCAAGUACUGCUUUGUGUACGGACAGGACUGGGCCCCCACAGCGGGUCUAGAAGAGGGGAUCUCACAGAUCACAUCCAAGAGCCAAGAUGUGCGGAGAGUGCUUGUGUGGAACUUCCCCAUCGAUGUCACCUUUAAGAGCACCAACCCCUAUGGCUGGCCUCAGAUCGUGCUCAGUGUGUAUGGACCAGAUGUGUUCGGGAAUGAUGUGGUUCGUGGCUAUGGGGCAGUGCACGUGCCCUUCUCUCCUGGCCGGCACAAAAGGACCAUCCCCAUGUUUGUGCCAGAGUCUACGUCUAAACUGCAGAAGUUCACAAGCUGGUUCAUGGGACGACGACCUGAAUACACAGACCCCAAGGUGGUGGCUCAGGGUGAAGGCCGGGAAGUGACCCGGGUCCGUUCUCAGGGCUUUGUUACCCUCCUCUUCAAUGUGGUGACCAAGGACAUGAGAAAGCUGGGCUACGACACUGGACCUGUGGACACACAGGGGCCCAGCCUGCCAUAGGACAUCCCCUGGUGAAGGCAUCUUCCACCUGCCCACCCCAAGUCUGGCCUGGUCGGCCCUCAAAUGACCAAGAGCUUCUUUUCAGAGUUAGCCACAGCCUAAAGUGCAGCCUGGUGCUGUCGGGGGUUUGGGGACAAUAAGAAUGUUUUGUAUAAUAAAGUGUUACAUUUUCAGAAAGCCUA